AUGAACGUGCCUCCUCCUCCUGACGCCAGUCAGUCGGCUCUUAUCGACUCCUUAAUCUCUGGGUUUGAUGCCCUCCUGUCCACCGUCCGCGCGCACAUCGAGAACGAAAAGGCCUUGAGGGAGAGGCUCGAGUUUGCAGCAAACGAGUAUGAGAAGAUAUUAGCUGCUGACAGCAGUCUCUCGGCCUCCUCCAUUGCUCCGAGUGAAGUCUUCCGACAAUUCCGACAGUUUCCUGCCAUCAACACUGACAUCGAGUGCUCUCUCCCUAUCCGCGAAGCGCAGCAAGCCAUCCAAAAGUACAAGAUGUCCAAGACACAGAUACCUCAGACCAACGGGGCGCGUUGCCCGAUGUCGCUCCGAAAUGGGGACCCCGAAGAUCUUGAGCGGGAUUUUACCACUCCUGGCGUCCAAGGGACAUUGGGGUGCCCCUUUGCAAAGAUGCAGAAUGGACCUGGGUCGUCUGCGCACGCUGAUCCUAUAGCUGCAGAGUUCCACCAAGACACACACUCAGCGCGCUCGCCGAAUGCAGAGCAACGUCCGGGGCAAUGUCCUAUCCGGUUCCUCGAUCAACAUUCUCCUGAAGAAAUGGCUAAAUAUUUCGAGAACCACAAGCAUGAAAUUCCCCGAAGCCACGAAAUCUGUGUGCGAAGGUACCAGGGCAAUGAAAUCAGUGCCCGACAACUAGAUGCAAAGUAUGGCAAUUUGGUGAACAUGAUACAAGGACUGGGAGUUAAGCACAAAGCUUAUCUGCCCGAGCGAGAUCGGAUUGACGAACAUUCUACUCAGGCGGUGGAGAAAUGGGCCGAGAAUGUCAGUGAAGCUGCCGUCGCGCCUCCAGUUCCGGAUGUCGUCCCUGAUGAGGAGCCGAGAUUAUCACAUUUUGAGAAGCCCUUGCGAGAGGUCCGGGUGGGAGAAUCGCCCAGUCGGCCAUGGGGGAUCUCGGUGCCUGUUGAUAAAGAGCCCACACCUAGUGCCCUUCAGGACGACGAUGGUGUGGCACAUCUGAAGAUUCACUCCGCGAGUUCACGGCCUGUCCCACUCGCGUCGCGGGAUGACCACCCGCUAGAGCGGAGUCCGAGAACGUCUCAGCAGAAGAGAUGGACAGAUAACUCUGUUGAGGGCAAAGAGGCCCGGACCCAGGUCAUAUUUAACGGCCCGGUCUUCUUCGGAUAUUCUGCAGAACAAGUGUCAGCUUUGCUCCAGAAUACUAAUCUGGGGAAUAUGAAACCUGGUGGCGGAUAG